CGCGACGUUAUUCGAUUUCAGGAAGCGCGUGGAGAGCGCCGUGAAUGUCAAAACAGAGACCAGCCGAACGAGCUGUUAGUGUUUUAUUAUCAUACAUUAUCAACAAAAUAACAUCACACUCAGCUGCUAUGAUGCUGUUUACAUUACAGCGGAUGCCUGCCUUCAGCACGACAUUGUUCUUACACCGACACUGCAGUCGCAUGCUGUCCAAGAACGUGAGAGUAUCUGAUGCGCUCUCGAGAAAGGAGACAGGAGCCAAUAUCAGAAUACAGGGAUGGGUUCAAUCCGUCAGGCCACAGAAAGACAACCUCUUCUUACAUGUGAAUGAUGGAAGUUCAUUGAAACCUCUACAGGUUGUUGCCAGCUCACACUUGAAUACCAGAGACCUCACAUUUGGCUGUGCUGUUGACAUCACUGGCACCUUAGAGAAGAGCAUAAAUAAGAGACAAAAUGUGGAGUUACAUGCUCAGCAUAUUAAAGUGGUUGGUGAAUGCAAUCCUGUGGACUUUCCUUUCAAGAUCAAGGAGCGUCAUUCUCUGGAGUAUGUCAGGCAGUUUCCUCACCUCAGAUGCCGAACAAAUGCCUUCAGCUCUUUGCUCAGGAUACGCAGUGAGGCUACAACCGCUAUCCAGUCAUUCUUCAGGGAUAACGGUUAUGUGCAGAUACACACACCAGUAAUCACCUCAAACGACUGUGAGGGAGCUGGAGAACUCUUCCAAGUUGAGCCUGCAGGUCAUAAAAAUGACUCAGACGAUCCAAACCCACAUUUCUUCUCUGUGCCGGCUUACCUAACAGUGUCAGGACAACUGCACCUGGAGGUGAUGGCAGGGGCUUUUUCAGCAGUGUACACAUUCGGCCCCACGUUCAGAGCGGAGAACUCUCAAAGCAGGAGACACUUGGCAGAGUUUUACAUGGUAGAGGCAGAGAUUGCCUUCACUGAGUCACUCGACGACCUUAUGAAGGUAAUGGAGGACUUAUUCAAGGCUGCCACGGAGCAUGUGCUGUCCUGUUGUGCAGAGGAUGUAGAGUUAUUUCACAAAUACAUUGCACCAGGACACAGGGAUCAAGUGGAUCUCAUGUUGAAAAGAAAAUUUAAUGUCAUUUCUUACACUGAGGCCAUAGACAUUCUAAAGAGCAGUUCACAGAACUUUACAUUCAGUACUGAGUGGGGCUGUGAUCUUCAGACAGAACAUGAGAAGUUCCUAGUGAAACAUUGUGGAAAUGUCCCAGUGUUUGUCAUUAACUAUCCCUACGAGUUAAAGCCUUUCUAUGCCCGAGACAACCAGGACCAGCCCAACCACACUGCAGCUGCUGUAGACCUCUUGGUGCCUGGAGUGGGGGAGCUUUGUGGUGGAUCCCUGAGAGAGGAGAGACUAGAACUUCUGCGUCAACGACUAGCACGGGCUGGUUUGGAGGACACAUAUGCAUGGUAUCUGCAGCUGAGAGAGUUUGGCUCAGUCCCCCACGGUGGGUUUGGGAUGGGCUUUGAGAGGUACCUGCAGUGCAUUCUAGGACUCCACAAUAUUAAAGAUGUGAUUCCAUUUGCAAGGUUCUCACAUUCCUGCCUGCUUUGAAACAGUGUUCUAAAAUGACAAAAAAACAAUUGAAUGUGCUUUAUUUUUUACUUUUGCCAAUACCGUUAGACAGUGGUUCACAAAACCUGUUCCUGGAGCCACCCAACACUGCACAUUUGAGUCUCUACUGAGCUGAUGAUCUGAAUCAGGUGUGUUUGAUUAGGAAAACUUACAAAAUGAGCAACAUUGAUGAAGUUCUAGAAACAGGUUUUGCAUUUUCAUGAAACUUAUUCAUCUUCUCUGUCAUAGAUAGGAGCAGAUAUUAGUUAACAGCCUACCUGAGGAAAAAAAAGAACAGAAAACAAAAAGUGGUCAUUUGUUUUGAUUUUUAAAAUUGACCAAUAUCAUCAAUCACAUUUAACAUCAUCAAAAUAAAGCCAUUCUCUUUGA